GUAGCCAGCCCCAUGACGCUCCACAAGCCCGCGCCCACAACCGGCCCCACCGCGAGCCUCCUCAACAUCAUCGCUCAAAAAACAGACCACGUCCGCACCCGUCCCCGCUCCUCCCCGCCCGCCCCGCCCCGCUCACACGCCCCCCCGCCCCCGCCCCCGCCCCUGCAGAUCUCCGCGCUCGAG